AUGAGUGUCAAGCACAUCGUCCAGUUCCAAUUCAAGGCAGCCGCCAGCCCAGAGGCCGUCAAGGAGUGCGUCUCUGAGAUGCUUGGCCUGAAGCAUAAGUGUCUCCAUCCGACCACGAAGACCCAGUAUAUCAAGUCCUCUGUUGGUGGCAAGGACAUGUCGAUCGAGGGUCUCCAGCAUGGAAUCACGCAUGCCUUCAUUGUCGAGUUUGACUCGGUUGCGGACAGAGAUUAUUACGUCAAGGACGAUCCGGAACAUAUUAAAUUUGUGCAGACCUACGUCACCUCGCCGGACAGCGUCCUUGAGAAGGGUCAGGUCAUCGACUUCGUCCCUGGCGAGUUCUGA